AGCUCUCAAAUCAGCAAUCAGAAAUUCUAAAAAAAUCGCCGCCAUACAUGCAGCACCUCCAUCACCUGGAAGCGGCAGCGCUUCCGUCUCCGCCUCUAGUCCGCCGGUGUAUCCCGGCGAUCAAUGUUUCACUUUCGGCGACGUGUUAAAAUCCGUUAAUUACCUCACCUCGCGCCUCCGCUCUAUUCUCGAUAAUAUUGAUGACUCUUCAGGUGAGUGUAAUGAUAGCAAGCAGAGCGCACUAGGUGCGUAUAGACCAAGGAUAAUAGGAAUUUAUAUACCACAAUCUGUGGACUACAUAAUUUCCGUUCUUUCAAUUUUACGCUGCGGCGAAGCUUUCUUGCCUCUUGAUCCUACGUGGCCAAUUGAUAGAGUUUUAUCAAUUAUUCAUUCUUCCAAUACUCAUCUUGUUAUUACAUCUUCGGGUUUUAAUGACUCGAAUUGGCUUGUCCAAUCCGUUAGUUGUCGUGUUUUAUGUUUUAACAUUGAAGAAAGCAUUGAGGAAUGUGUUGAUGUAUUGCCCUUAGCUUGGCCUUGUGAAAAAGAGAACAAAAGAUUGUUUUGUUAUUUAAUGUAUACUUCUGGAUCAUCUGGAAAGCCUAAAGGUGUAUGCGGUACUGAACUAGGUUUGCUGAAUCGCUUUCUUUGGAUGCAAGAAUUGUAUCCCCUUCUUGGAGAGGAAGUUUUAUUGUUCAAAACAUCAAUUAGCUUUAUUGAUCACCUGCAAGAAUUUUUUGGUGCUAUCUUCUUUUCAUUAAAGGAUCAUUUAUAAUCUUUGAUUAUUGUUCCUGGGUGAUCUGCUUUGCCAGUCAUGCAAUUCAGGUCAUUGAAAUUGCUAGUGCUGAGUGGUGAAAUAUUUCCUUUAUCUUUGUGGGAUGUACUUUCCGAUUUACUACCAAGGACCUCUAUUCUGAAUCUAUAUGGGACUACAGAGGUAUCUGGUGAUUGUACUUAUUUUGAUUGCAAGAGGCUGCCAAUGAUUUUGGAGAAAGAGGCACUAACAAGUGUUCCAAUUGGUGUGCCUAUUUCCAAUUGUGAUGUAGUACUGGUUGCUGAAACUGCUACAUGCGAUCAGGGAGAGAUAUGUGUCAGUGGUCCCUGUUUUUGUAGUGGUUAUUCUUCUAAUUUAGCAGUUAUGCCUUCUGACAGUGUAAAAUUGCAUAAGAACCUCAUCUGUAACUGUGUGGUGGAUAAUUGUGGGAGCCAAGUAUAUUAUAGAACUGGUGAUUUUGCACAAAGGCUUCAAUGUGGUGACUUGGUAUUCUUAGGGAGAACUGACCGUACCAUAAAAGUUAAUGGAAACCGUGUUGCCUUAGAGGAGGUUGAAAAUACACUCAGGGGACAUCCUGCUGUUGUUGAUGCUGCUGUUGUUGCUCAUGAAGGUCAAGGGGAGCUCAUGCUCCUUGAAGCUUUUUUAUUGUUAAAAGAAAAUGAAAAAUCUGGUGAUCCGGUUAGGUCUUCUAUAAGAAGUUGGAUGGUUGGAAAAGUUUCUUCAGCUAUGAUUCCUAACCACUUCGUAUUUGUAAAAUCAUUGCCUAAAUCUUCCAGUGGAAAAGUUGAUUAUGCCCUGUUGCAAACUUCGGCACUUCCCACCUUACAUGUCCAGGAAAAGUUUGGCAGCAGCCUGACCAGUGAUCUCAUGCUCAUUGUGAAAAAGGCAUUUUGUGACGCUUUAAUGGUUGAAGACAUUUCUGAUGAUGAAGAUUUCUUUGUGAUGGGUGGUAGCUCCAUUACUGCAGCACAGGUUUCUUAUGAUCUGGGAAUUGAUAUGAGAUUGCUUUAUGAAUAUCCUACUCCAUCCAAGCUUCAAAGUGCUCUCCUAGAUAAAAAGGAAUCCUACAAAUUAGAUGUCAAAACUGAUACCAGUUGGAAAGCAAAGUCAAAAGCGCGCAGGUGGAAUAUUAAUUAUGCAUCUCCUUAUCUUAGCCUUAAAUCAAGGGAGUGGCUACUGAAGAACUAUCAUCCAAAUAAUGAUCAAAAUGUAGCAGCAUCCAAGCGCUUCAAAGUUGAUUUGGACAGACACAUUUCUUCAAAACAUGUUAGUCUCAGUGAUGGAUAUUCUUGGUCUGCACUUAUUCCAAUCUCAUGUUCGUUCAGCCGAUGCAACAAGGUUAUGUAUGAAAGGGCGUACAGUUUGAGCAAUACCCAUCAAUUAAGUUGGUCAGUAGAAGUUCCUAGAAAUGGAAAAUGCUCUUCCCUGCAGGAACUGUGGAAGAUUCACAUGGUGUCUUGUGUAGAUGCAUCACCACUUGUUGUGUUUAAAGACCAAGAUGUCUUUUUAUUUAUUGGAUCUCAUGCGCAGAAGUUUAUUUGUAUUGAUGCAAAAAGUGGUUCUGUCCAGUGGGAAGUUAAAUUACAAGGACGAAUUGAAUGCUCAGCAGCAAUUGUUGCCGACUAUUCUCAGGUUGUAGUUGGAUGCUACGAGGGGCAAAUCUACUUUCUUGACUUUGUCAAUGGCAAUAUAUGUUGGACUUUCCAAACUUGUGGUGAGGUGAAGUGUCAGCCGGUUGUGGAUGUGCACAGACAAAUAAUCUGGUGUGGCUCUCAUGAUCACUAUUUAUACGCUCUCGACUAUAGAAAUUAUUGCUGUAUUUAUAAGCUCUCGUGUGGUGGGAGUGUAUUCGGGUCACCUGCAAUUGAUGAGGUCCAUGGCAGACUUUAUGUGGCUUCAACUAGUGGUCGUGUGACAGCUAUAUCAGUAAAGGCUUUACCAUUUCAUACAUUAUGGCAGCGUGAGCUAGAAGUGCCAGUAUUCGGUUCCCUUUCAGUUUGUUCUCCAAAUGGAUAUGUUAUUUGUUGUUUAGUGGAUGGCAAUGUUGUUGCCCUGGAUUCAAGUGGAUCUAUCGUUUGGCGGUGUAGAACUGGUGGUCCUGUAUUUGCUGGAGCCUGUACAUCUUAUGUGUUACCUUCUCAGGUUCUGAUAUGUUCAAGAAAUGGAAGUAUUUAUUCAUUUGAAAUGGAAAAGGGAGAUCUACUCUGGGAGUACAAUGUUGGAGAUCCAAUAACUUCAUCUGCUUAUGUUGAUGAGCACUUGCAGCCAGUGUCUGCUUCCUCCCCUGUGUCAGAUAGGUUGGUUUGUGUAUGUGCAACAUCUGGAAGCAUACAUUUGCUUCGUAUCAGUUUGGAUGUUGUAGGAAAGCCAAAUCAAUCAAGUAAAUCUGUGGUUCAGGAAAUUGCAAGGUUGGAGCUUCCAGGAGACAUAUUCUCUUCACCAGUUAUGAUUGGUGGUAGGAUUUUCGUCGGCUGCAGGGAUGAUUAUGUGCACUGUAUUUCACUUGAGAGUCCAAGUUCAGUUGAAGAAUGAAAGUUUCAACUGCAUUUCUCAUAUACAGUCAUAUAGACUAAAGGCGUGGAUCUCCUCAUCAGCUUAAAACUUCUGGACUGCUUGGUUGCUAAAGUACAGUAUCAGAAUCAGUGCAAAAGUCAUAACCCCUUGGUGUGUUUUCUCAUGUCAGCUGUGUCUUGAGUCAGUCAAAUCAGUUUGUUUAUGUCUACUUUGCAUUAUGGUGCACAAGUGCGGCUCAAAUAAAUAUCAUAAGCAGAUAAAACAAAGGAUUAAGAGCGUCUCAAUCCUAAAGAAGUCACAGCAGAGGAGCAUCCAAUUGGAUCACUAUGCAAAUCUUCCCAGAAGUUCAGAAAGAUUUCCAGUUGGAUCUGACAUGAGAAUGUGUCAUCCUGGAGGUGAGUCAGAAAUUGCUUGGCUGCAACUCAACUUAGUACAGAUUUUGAAAAAGAAAGGUGAAAGGGAUAGAUAGAUUCUGAUGAUGUUCACUACAAGGUUGGUGGAGCUUUUACUUUGCCCAAACAGAUUCUGAUGAUCACUUGAAGGUUUGUGGAGCUUUUACAUCAAAAGGAUAGAUUCUGAUGUUCGCGGCCACAUUUGUGGAGCUUUUACUUUUUAUCUUGGUUUAUCUUUUAUCUUUUAUCUUUUUUUUGGGUUACCCAGACACUAUAAAGAAGUUAAAAUCGCUAUUAUCACCCCUUUGCUUUCAAUAAAAUGUGAAAAUUUUAACCUUUGGAGCUUA